AUGCUAACAGAGGUGCCUGCUAAAUCAGUUGACCUGACUGCGAUUAACCUGACGGAACUAGUGAAUGGCAUGUUAAAUACGGCUUUUAAAGGUACCAAAAAAUUCUUCUCUCUGCUAAGCAUUACAUCUUACAGCUCAUUUGCCUUCCACAAAGUUUCAGUCCUCAUCUAUAACAUUUCCAACCUGAAAAUUGUUGACCCCAGCAAGUUCCCUAUGAGGUACUGCUAUUGUUUAAACAACAUGACAAACGACUUAACAGAUUUUACAGCCUUACUCGUUGACAUUAUUGGGAACUCUACCAGUUACCUCACAGAAAUUUUCAAAUCGACUUCCAUCCUCUCAGUGAGUCAGAGCAACAGUUCAGACUGUAUCUAUAUCUGUGUGAUGACAGGCCAAACAGGCAGGAAUCUGUCUGACUUCUGGGAAAUGAUAGAGAAGUCUCCUGUUAUUAAUUACACGUUUUCCAGUAAUGCGUCUGCUGACCUGGAUAUAGACUCCAUUCUCCCCAGUUUAAUGGCCUUACAAGACACUGGCAAGACCAUGGAUGAACCUGCAGAAGAGAUGUGGACAUUUAAAAGUGCGCAAGGGGUCGAGGAGGCUGGGAUGAACUUUCUGGAUCAGCCUGUCAUCAAGAAAGGAUGUCCACAGACAACCCUUAAAGCAUCACCAGUGACCUCCCCUCCUGUUACCGUUUUGGUACAAAGGAUAAAUCCUUGUGUGAUGGAGCUGUGUAGAUUUUUUCAGCAGUGCCUCUGUGUUAGUCAAAGAAGAUAUCCAAAGCAAGAAUCCAUGAGGUACUGUACUGAAUACUAUUCCUGGUUCUUGAAAAAUGCCACUUUUAUCUGUGCAAGGGUCAAACGAAUGGCUUACUCAAACACAUUAAAGCAAAAAUGCCUUGCAAACAUCUGUAAAUCUAUCUAAAGCACUGAGGAAAUGUACUGCAAAUAAGAAGAGCUUUAGGAGACU